UUCCUUAUCCCUUCUUUAAGAGUUAGGAUUUUAGAACCUACCUGAUAAAGCGCGUGUCAAACGAUUUAUGUUACGAAUAUAAAGUCAAUCAUGGACAACAUAUUCAAAGCAGUGCGGCGACAGCUGUCGUGGAACCAGUGUCGUUUCAUCACGACUAUCAUUGUUCGUUCUCUUCGAGAUACCGGUGAAAUCACAGCAACGAGAGCAGACUCGAGGAGCACUUGGAUCCGAAAGUGUUCAACACAAUCAAGCAAGAUGGUGAAGGCGAGGAAAUACGUGGUGAUGAAUUAUUUUGUGAACGAAGCAAAGCCAACGGACCUAAAAUUAGUGGAAGAGGAGUUGCCGCCAUUGCAAAAUGAAGAAUAUCUCGUGGAAGCUGAAUUCUUUUCUGUUGAUCCAUACAUGAGACCUUACGUGCGAAACUUCCCACUCGGGAUCACGAUGAUUGGUAGUCAGGUAGCAAAGAUUGUAGAAUCUAAAAAUCCAGCUUUCCCAGUCGGCAAGAGAAUCAUCGGAAACUUGGGCUGGAGAACUCACACGAUUAUCGAUCCAAAAACUGAAGAUUCGUUUUUUAAACAAAAACCGUACCUUUUGCCAGACAUAGGUGAUCUACCGCCGUCCCUUGGUCUUGGCGUUCUGGGAAUGCCGGGUAAUACAGCAUAUUUUGGCUUGUUGGAGAUAUGUAAACCGAAGUCUGGCGAAACAAUCGUCAUCAGCGGAGCCGCAGGUGCGGUCGGCUCACACGUAGGCCAGAUCGCCAAAAAUCUGGGCCUAAAUGUUAUCGGUAUAUGCGGUUCCGACGAGAAGUGUAAGUGGCUUACUGAGGAAAUGGGUUUCGAUUUUGCCAUCAAUUACAAAACCAUGCCAGUCGCAGCCAGAUUACGCGAAGUUGCUCCGCAAGGCGUGGAUUGCUACUUCGACAAUGUCGGUGGGGAUAUCUCUGGUACAGUCAUGUAUCAAAUGAAUCCGUUUGGUCGGGUAGCCAUCUGCGGCAGCAUCUCGAGCUAUAAUGCGGACAUCAAGUCCUUGCCUAAAUCUACAAUUCUGCAACCUGCUAUAUUGACAAACCAACUGAAGGUGGAAGGAUUCAUAGUUAAACGUUGGUUGGACCGAUGGAAUGAAGGAAUCAUGCAGAAUCUUCAAUGGAUACGCGAGGGCAAGCUUCGUUACCGUGAGACUGUAACUAAAGGCUUCGAGAACAUGUUCGAUGCUUUCAUCGGCAUGCUGCAUGGCGAGAAUAUCGGCAAAGCGAUCGUCCAGGUGUAGAUAUCACAAUGUCAUCAGGCAUUGCGAACAUUUCUUCUUAUAAGUAUUCCUGUUCGCUUGCAAUUUCACAACUGCAUUUGGAAUGUUUUCUAUAUUUCUGAGAGAUUAAAAAAAUGAGUUUUGAAUUUUGUAAUCUAUUUCUGAAGAUCCUUAAUGAUUUUUAAAUAAAUAAUCAUGCAUUUAAAUUUUGUAAGAAUAACCAGG